AUGCUUGGCUUAACAGUUGGUAGUACUUCUCGAAUCGCAAUAUCGGAGUCCUGUUUCUGUAUUUCAAAAGCAUUUGCGUCAGGACGAUGGUGGCCUCAGCCUUUGAGCUGUAUAUAUUAUUGCUGUAGUAAUGCGAUCUCUUCUUCGUACUCAAGUAAACUUGACAAGUUAAAGGAUGCUGAUUCUAUCAAAAAAAUGGAUCUUGAAUCUACCGCUGUUGUAACUGCUGGAGUGGUUUCACCUUCUGAUAAUAUCGAAAAAGAAAGUUCAUUUACGAGUAGUCUCAUUCUUAGUCCAUCUGAUAACAAAUUAUUGCGUGAAGCUAUGGCACCAAUUUACGCUAAACCUCGUGGAAAUGGGAAAAACGUUUAUAAAACAGAAGUAUACCGAAAUGGAGAACUCUUAGCAAAUUACGUUUUAUUCGAAGAUUCGAUGGCGAAGUCAAAGGUUCCCUGGAAUACAUAUACAGCAAUGACGACGGAAGAACGUGAUAUUUACAUGGCUCAUUUGAAGGCGAUUCGAGAACGACGUUUGACUUAUAAAGAUCCAAUAACUAAAUCUAUUGUCAAAACAGUGUCACAUCAUUUAUUAAGAGGAAAAUGUUGUGGUGACGGUUGUCGUCACUGUCCCUACCAACAUGAAAAUGUUACUCCAGAAAUGAGAAGAUCUAGAAUAUGGAAUGGGAAUUUACAUGUCAGUAAUUCUGGUAAUAAUAACCUUGACUUCGUAUUAUAUUUCAGGCAUGAAUUAAGUCGACAUCGGACUCGACCUCCGAGCUCGGGAAUUCAUCGACGUACACGACUUCUGGUUGUUGAUAAUUCGGCGCUUGGUAAAGAAGCUAACACAUCUGGAAAAUUGGCGUAUUGCAUCGACGUAAAAAAACCAGGUGGACGCAAAAAACACAUGCCUCACGCAAGACUUGGUGAUAAAAUUUUGGUUGCAAUACGAGGAGAAAUGAAGCAAGCUUUCGUGGUUGGAGCAAAGAUUCACGUAGAUUAUCGAAAACAUGGAAUACCUUCAACAGACACCAAUAAUAUUGUUCUUUUGGAUGAUGAAGGAAACCCACUUGGAACUCGAGUUUUAGUGCCAAUUCCUGCAGUCCUUCAAAGGAAACGUGCUAAUCUGCAGUUCUCAAAAAUCUUGUCAAUUGCUACAAAAUAUUUUUAA